ACAGUCAGCUGUGUACCUUCUGUCCGAGUUUCCCCUGUUUGGACUUAAACAAGCUUAAAGCGUUCAGAAUUUAGGAGAAUUUAAAUUUAAAUUGUUUAACCAGCAAGGACCGGAAUGGCGGCUGCCAACAUGGAGAAGGGUGAGCUGAUGAGCCAGGUGAAACAGCAGAUCGCAUUGGCCAACGCCCAGGAGAUGCUCUCGAAGAUGACGGAGAAGUGCUUCAAGAAGUGCAUCCAGAAGCCGGGCAAAUCACUGGACACCGGCGAGCAGCGAUGCAUUUCGCAGUGCAUGGAUCGCUUCAUGGACGCCUGGAAUCUGGUGUCGCGCACCUAUGGCAAUCGUCUGCAGAGGGAGCAGUACAGGACAAUGGACUCGGUGGAGGAGAUGAGCAGCUAGGACCCGAGUCUCGGUCACCUUGUAAUUGAAACAGAAUUUAUUUUGUUUUUGAUCCAAUCUCAA